GGAUCACUACUGAAAGCCCCGGGCACGAGAGAACCUUCCCAGUGUGCACUGUGCCGAACAGGAAGCAAGUCACAAGAAUCAUGGCUAAGUUGCUGAAACAUCUAGGGCUGGGGGUCGGGAAAAAGCCGCCGCCACAGCCUCCACGUCCCGACUAUUACGACCAAAACUCGACGAAGCCUAGAGUUGGACCCAGGUUAUCGGGGGGAGACUCAGAAGACGAUAACUACGCCGACCCGGCGGAUGCACUGCCGGGGAAUUAUAGCGCCGUGUGCGAAGGAGGGGAUGCGCGCAGGAAGUCGUCUGGAGGAGACGGCGGUGUUGGUCACCACUCCACUCCGACAAGAACGGGCAGCAGUAAGAGUGACAGUAGUUACUCCGUGUCCAGCACGGGGAGUGGCAGUGACGGCGUCAUCAAAAGGUCGGCAGAAAACAUCCACAGCACCCCGGAAAACACGCACGUGUCCAAACCCAUGAAGCCCAUUGUGCUUGAUGACUACAGUGACCCUUAUGACAUCAGAAAAGCAGUUCUUGAGAGCAGGGAUUACGACGUGCCUCCAGACUGUCGGCCACCCAAAGAGGAUGACUUCAACAACUACUCAGAUCCGUAUGAUGCACAGAAGAUUAUACAAGAACUCAGGAUACAACAGAGUAAGGAGGCCAAGGAAGAGACACCUCGCUCCAGCACACCCGACAGUGAGGGCAGCAGCAGUGACUCAGCGUUGUACGAGGACCCCUAUGAACCCAGUGCUCCGGAGGACAUAGACGCAGACACACACCAGGCCAGGUUAGCCAGGGAACUAGAAAAGGCAAAGGAAACACAGUUGAAACAACAACAACAACAACAGCAGCAGCCAGAUGAGGACACCAGACCAGCGGAGGAUUAUGACCAACCAUGGGAGUGGUCCUCCAAAGAGAGGCUGUCUCAAGCAUUUGCAGUAUACAGAAAAAGGUGCCGCCAUAGACCAGUCAAUGUGAUGAGACUGAAACCUCCUGUCGUAUACUUUCUUGCUCAUGGAGCCCAGUUGGACCAGCAGCAGCCCUCCCCACCACCGUCCACCCACACCCCACCUUCAGCAGACAAGCGGCUUGCUGCAGUACCGGAGAGCUCUGCUAGUCCUCUCAGCAAAACCAGGGUAUUCAGGAAACACUCACAUGAGGGGUCAGAGCCCAUCGAUCCAUCUAUUCCUCUGGAAGGUCAAAGGUGGUACCAUGGGUCCAUUAGCAGAGUAGAUGCGGAGAACGUGCUGCGCUCCUGUAGGGAGUGCAGUUUCCUGGUCAGGAACAGCGAGAGCUCCCGGACAAACUUUUCCUUAUCCAUCAAGAGUGCCAAGGGGUUUAUGCACAUGAAGAUAGCACACAAUGUGGACCUGAAAUACAUCCUUGGGGAGUGCAGCAAACCGUUUGACACCGUACCGGACGUGAUCUACCACUACUCCAUACACACCCUCAACAUCAAGGGGGCCGAACACAUGAAACUAAGAUAUCCCAUAAUAUGUCAGCUUAUGUAGAGUCUCAGAAAAACCCCAUGGAACCAGCUCUAAUUUUGCUUCUCUACAAGCUUUGUAUAGUCCUGUUUGCACUCAGUUAUUACUAUUUUUAUGACAUAUUACUUAUUGAUACAAAACCAUAUAUAUCAUAGUGGCUAUCAGGAGAUUAAUUUUACUAUCAAGAGAUUUUAUGAUCAUACUUACAUGCAAAGACUUGGUUUGUUUUGUUGAUAUUUUUAAUGAUUUGAAGUGUUUUCCAUCCUGUGAUUUAUGCUAAUGAUAUGGUGAUUAAUAGCAAAGAUGCCAUCUGAUUGGCUUGUUGCUGCUAACCAAUCAAAUAGCAACUGUAUGGCACCUUGAUUUUUGCUGAUUGUAUCUUAUAUAUUUUGAGAGUUUCUAUUGUGUUAAUGAUUUUGUCCUGAAAAUUUUGGGUGCCCAGACUACCUCUGAUAAUUACAUUG